AUGAUGAACAACACUUCUCAAUUACCACAACGACGUCGACACAAGAGUGUGAUCCCACUCUUCUUUGUGUUGUUAUUGGCAACCCUUCUUUUCUUCUCUCCUCACUUGUCCUAUCAACAACAACCCGCUUGGUGUCAAAAAGUAUUAUCACAACAAACACAAGAAUCCUUUUCAUUGUGUUCAUCAAGUUCUUCUUUGACUUCUACUGCUUCUUGGUGUUCACAACAAAAUUUCAAAUCCUCUCAACCCAUUACGUUCCGAGAUUCUGACAUUUUCAAUUGUGCCGAUGAUCGAUCCAAAUGUCUCUCGAAACUCAUUGGUACUGACAAACAACAAUUAAUUUCAUUGACCAAUGACAAUUAUAUUUGUAUGAAAGAUGUUUCUGGAGAUAACAAUAUGAAAGUAUUGAGAGAGGUAUUCAAUCCUACCAAUGGUUCAGUUUCACAAAUUGUUGACGAAUCUGCAACUUCACCAGAGAACACUCGUUGUUAUCACGUGACUGGUGUGAAACCUGUGGAAAUGGGAACCAACUCUUUGAGUGAAGUCUUGAUCGUCUUGACCAAUCAAUAUGUGUUUGCCUUGUCCAUGGAUACUGAAAAGGUCGUUGGAAGUGCCACCAUUCGUACCAGUGCCAUUCAAAAGAUGAUUGAAAGACCAACCUUGAUGGCUGUUGCUAAAAACUCCAAGAGUGAAGCUUUGAUUUAUGUGGUCACAGCUGAUCAGAAAUUGAAUAGUUUUUCAUUGAGUAUGAGUGGAGACGGUACCUUGACUCUUGUGGAUAAUCAAAAAUCUAUUGCUUUGAGAUCGUCGAGUUUAAUGAGCAAUUCAGAUGUGGUUCAAGAUUUCCAAGCCAUUACUUAUAAAGAUGCAUCAACCACAAUGACCAUGAUGGUCAUGUCUUUUGGUCCAAUCUCUGCCACCGAUGGUAAAGCUAGUACAAGUGGACUUUUACUUUUGAAAGCUGGUAAAACAAGUGUGAGAAAAUGGACCUUCUCUGAAAAGACGACUGAAAAGAAGAUUCACGGUUUCACACAUGGAACUUUUACCAAGACAGAAACAACAACAAGUGUAGAUUGUCAUUCUGUGAAAGCUUCUCGACCUCUCCUUUUCAUUGCCUCUCCUUCUCAAAUUAAUUUGAUUCAACUCUACGAUCAGGAACUUGCUGAAGAACUUGAUCUCGCUUCCAAGAAGACUCUGGUCUACACUCAUGGUGUCACUGGUGAAAAUAUUUAUAGUGUGGCUGGUUUUGCUGAAUGUUAUGGUGAUCAUUCGAAAACGUCACAAAUGAUUUGGAUGGUGGUUACGUUUGCUUCUUCAAGUGGAACUCCAAAUGGUGGCAUUGUUUCAUUCUUACUUCCAGAAGCUGCUUCCAUUGAUGUUGAAACAACUACUGAUGUCGAUGCAUUGGGUAUUACAACAUCCAAUGCCUGUCCAACUGUUUGGGAUGGAUCCAACGAACCACAAUAUAGAUCAUCUGGUAAUUGCAUCAAACGUCCAAGAACCGUCAUGAAAGCUUUGAGUGGAACCACAGCACUUCCAUCUCGAAUUGCAGUUGGAAUGUUCAGAAGUUCAGACAUGAAAACAGCAGAUCAAAACGCUGCUACUUCCUUCUAUCAUGUGAUCUUUGUUGCCAUGAGAGAAAGUAUUGAAGUUUAUCUCUUCCAAGAGAAGGCCUGUCAAAAUUCAGCCAAUACGAAUACUUUUAUAACUGUUCCAUUUGUGAAUACUCUUGCAUCCGUGUUGUACAGUGACGCAAAGGUCACUGAUUUAGCUGUCUCAAGUAAUGCUCAACACGUUUUUGCAAUUUUGGGAAGAAAGGCCUUUGAUAUUGACGGAAGAACUCGAUUGGAUGAUAUUUGCAAAUUAUUGGCCUCAUCAAGUCCUCCUUCUGCAUUGAGCUCAUUUACAGAAAUUUGUAAAAAGUAUCCAACCAAGUAUAAUGCUUUUGAUUUCAUUGGAUACUAUUCCAUGUGUAAUGGUGGAUUCAAUUGUCCAAGAUAUGGCGAUUCAGGAGAUAUGGUGACACAGUCAAUUACUACGAGUGCUCCUAUAGUCUCAGUUUCUCCUGGAAAUCACGUAAUUCGUCCUACUAUUACCUAUAAAUGUGAAAAGGGUUAUUACUGUCCAGAUACUAAAGAUGGACGAAGAAGAAUUUGUCCAAUUGGAUUCAAAUGUAAUGCUGAGCAAUUGGCUGCACCUGUGAAAUGUUCCAUUUCUUCAGAUUAUAGCAAGACUUGUGAAGUUGAAGGAAGUAUUGAUGAAACGAGAUGUCCCGAUGGUAAAGUUUGUGUCAAUCCCAUGAUGUCACUCUAUGUUCCUCCAGGUUAUUUCACACGAGAAGCUAGAAGCAGUCUCUUUGCAUGUCGAAGUGGUCAAUACUGUCCAUUGGGUACUCAAGGUUCAGACAAGAAUGGAGCCUUUAUUGUCAAUGCUUGUCCUGCUCUCAAUUAUUGUAGUAAUACUUAUACUGUGACACCAACUCCAUGUUUGCAACAAGUUGGAAACAAGACACAAUAUUGUCCUCUCGGAACUUAUGGAGAAGGUGAACACUUGUGUCCUCCUGGCUACUAUUGUCCAUCUCUCACUCAAAAAGUAUUGUGUGAAGAUGGUUAUUAUUGUCCAGAAGGUACCAAAGAACCUGUAGCUUGUACAGCUGGUAAUUAUUGUCCAACCACGAGUUCCAUGAUUUUGUGUCCAUCUGGUUUCUAUUGUGCUGCUGGUUCGACCUAUCCAAAACGUUGUCAAUGGUUUGCUUAUUGUGCUCAAGGUUCUGUGAAACAACAAAGUUUCUAUUUGGGUAUUCUCUUAAUGUUCUUGGUCGUGAUUCUCGUGUUGGUGGUGUUCAUUGUUGCUCGAUGCAUUACUGCCUCUUACAAGAAGAAGAAGAUGAAACAAAAGAAAAUCAAACAAGAAAAGGAAAUUCAAGGACAAAAUGCAUUGGCCAUGGUUGGAUUGAAUAUUGCAAACUUUAUUCAAGGAACUGAACCAUACAUGUACGAUUCGAGUGGAGGAAUUGUGAAUGAACCACCCUUCACAAAGAAGAAUUUUACCAUUGAUUAUGCUUUUGAGGAUUUAUCGUAUGUGAGAAAGAAGAGUGAAGAAGUCAUUUUCGAAGGAGCCAAUGGUCGCAUCUAUCACGGACGUACGACUUGUAUCAUUGGUGUGAAUGAUGAGGCAUCACUUGCAUUACUUUACACACUCGCUGGUCGUCAUCAUUUUGGUUUCGUUCAUGGUAAAAUUAUGGUCAAUGAACAAUUGAAGGAUCCUCAUGAAUUUAGAAAUGUCAUUUCAUUGGCUCCAAAACAAUUGAACAUGGCUAAGGAGUUGAAGGUUCAUGAAUUAUUGAGAUUCUCAGGUCAUGCUCGUUUGCCAUCUCACUACACGUAUAGUCAAGUUGGAAGACGUGUGGAAAGGACUUGUAAAGUUUUGGGAAUUGAAAACUUUAUGUAUGAUUCAAUUGGUUCUACAAAGAAACAUGGUCUCGAUGAAGAUUUGAGAGUUUUUGUCAAUUUGGCAGUUGAAAUGGUCUCUGAUCCAGUGUGUCUCUUUAUUGAAAAUCCAUUUGAUGAAAUUUCUCUCGAAAGAAAGAAAUUCCUUUGUAAGGCACUCAAAACAGCUGCUGACUCUGGUACUACUGUCGUUGUGACCAUGCAUCGUCCAAGAAAUGACAUUUUCCAACUCUUUGACGAUUGUGUCAUUUUGGGCAAAACUGGAAGUGUCGUUUAUAAUGGUCCAACCAAAGAUGCUCUUCGAUUCUUUGAAGAAAUUGGAUUCAAAUGUCCAAACUAUGCCAAUCCUCCUGAUUUCUUUAUUGAUGUUUGUUUGGGUAAUGUUGAACGACCUGGUGAUCCAAACUUUGAACCUGAACGUUUGUUGCACUUGUGGGAUUUGAAGAAGGAAGAAAAUUCAAAGAAAUGGGCCAAAUCAAGAGCAGGAAAGGAUGUCGAUCGUUCACAAGAGGAUCAACAACAGCAACAACAACAUGAUGAAGAAGAAGUCGGUGCUCAAGUCAUUGAUCCACAACAAGUUCUUGUCAAUAGUGAAGUUGCUCGUGAACGUCAACGAAAACCCAUUGGAUUCUUGGGUCAAUAUUUAUUGUUCUCACUUCGUGCAUUGCUUCAAUUAACUCGUCACUACAAGGGAGUGUUCUUUGAUUUCUUUUUCCAUUUCAUUUUGGCUACAAUUAUUGGUGCCUUUUAUUUCAAUAUGGAUUUCCAAGGACCAAUGAGUGACACUCUUCAAAAAUUAUGUCCUACCUUUAUUAGUAAUCAAUGUUCAUUGCCAAGAGUUGAUCGAAUUGCUCCAAUGAGUAUCAUUACAGUAUCUGCCAUUGCUAUUGCAGCCAUGCAAUCGUCAUUGAAAUGUUUUGGAGCUGAUAAGGAUUUGUAUCGACGUGAAGCAGAGAAUGGUAUUAACAAGAUGAGUUACUUUUUAGGAAAAUUGACAGGUGAAAUUCCAUCACUCUUGAUUUAUCCAUUGGUCUUUGUCACCUUUUGGUAUAUUUUGGUGAAUCCUGAAGCUGAAUUUUACACUUAUUAUGGUCUCUUCCUUUUAUAUGAAAUUGUGUUCAGCACUUUGGGAUAUUUCAUUUCAGUGUUUGUUCAAAGAACUCAUGCUGAAUUUGUUGGUGUGAUUUACAUUUUAUUGUCAGCACUUCUUGGAGGUGUUCAACCAACCGUUCGUUUAAUGACCAAGGAAUGGUAUUCAUUGAUCUUGAUUUGCUUGUCACCUGUCCGAUGGGGUGUUGAAUUAAUGUACACGGUUGAAAUUCGAAAAUAUCAAGAGAGUAAUCAAAGUGUUCAAACAGCAUUGGAUAAUUUCGGAUUCUCCUAUAGAGCUUACUUCCUUUCUCCUGUCAUUUUAAUUUGCAUUUCCAUCAUCUUCCUCGUAUUAUGUUUCAUUGGUUUACUUUUCAGAGAUCCUCAAGCAGUUGAACGAAUGAAAACACUGACUCGAGUUUACAUUCGAAAGGGUAAGAGACGUUUGAAGAGACUCAAGAGUGAGAGAAAGAAUACGGGUGAAUAUGUAUUCCAACAAGAAAGUGAAAUUCAAGUAUUGCAAGACGAUGAAGAAAGUGAAUCGGAAUCGGAUGAUGAAUUAUUACUUGCUCAAGAUGAAAAUUAUCAACCACCAGCGAUGGAAAGUAAUCAUCAGGAAGAACAAUAA